AUGUCGUCCACCAGCAACGCCUCCAUUGACAAGUUCAAUGGAGACAAUUACGCAACGUGGAGCCGGUACAUGCGCGGUGUGUUUUUGACGAAGUCCGUCUGGCACGUUGUCAACCGUGAAGUGACUCCGACUUUCACCGACCCGCGAGCGUCCGAUGACUACGUCAAGGCAAGCAACGUCGCGUUUGGUAUGAUGCUGCUGCACAUGAACGCGGACUACCAUCAUGUGCUGGACAACUGCGAGGAAGCCUGGGUUGCGUGGACAAGUCUGAAGACGCUGUACGGUGGGUCGCAGAAGGCAGGACGCAUCUACCUCAAGCGACAACUUUUCAGUAUCAAGAUGGCUGAAGGCGCGAACGUCAUGCAUCACUGCAACGAGGUCCUCAACAUCUCCGCCAAGCUUAGCGGCAUCGGUGCGAAGAUGGAAGACGAAGAUGUUGCAAUUUGUCUGCUACUCAGUCUUCCGAAGAGCUACGAAAAUGUGGUGCUCAACAUGGAAAUGAGCAGCACCGAGCUUCGCACUCAAGAUGUGGUGAGAGUCCUGACGAAUGAGCAUGCCAAGCGUCAAGGAGAAAAAGGGACAACGACAGCGACUACGGUGAAGGCUGAAGAUGCAAGCAAGGCAUUCAGCGCCGAGCGUGAGCCCUACCAAUGCACGUAUUGUGGCAAGGUGGGACACACGGUGGAUCGUUGCUGGACAAAGCAGAAGAACGAAGGUCGGGGAGCCCGACGCGGCGGCAAUGGUCGUGGACGCGGGGCUAACAAUGUCCAGUGGGGACAUCAUGAUGAAGGCAAUGGCUACGAUCGAGUGGCGUUUGCAGUCUCGUUCGAAUGUGGAGUUUCGACGAGCAAGGACGUGUCUGGAAUGUGGGCCGUCGACAGUGGUGCAACGCACCACAUUUGCCACGACAAGACCAAGUUCGCAAGUUUGGCAGAGCGCAAUGAGGGCGAACUCUUGGUGGCUGAUGGCAACAAGGUGGCCAUCAAGGGUGUGGGAACCAUCAUGGAAAAGGUGGUUCUGCCCAACGGUGAAGAGCGUGAGAUCGAGAUCAAGAACGUGCUUUACGUACCAAGCACGAGCAAGAAUCUGCUUUCGGUACCGCAGAUCAACAAGCACGGCAAGUUUCAAGUCGUGUUCGACGGGACCAAGAUGUUUGCCGCUCGCAAAGGAUCGCACCAAUUGGUGGCAACUGCAGAUCUUGUGGAUGGCCUUUAUUGGCUUCACACAGCUCAUCGAUCGGCCAAUACGGCAACAAACGGAAGCAACGGUGUCGACUUACAUGCGCGAAUGGGACACGCUCCAGCUGAUGUUCUUCGCAAAAUGGUGGCCACGAACAUGAUCAAGGAUGUGAAGGUAUCUCUCACGUCAAGUGGAUCAAGUGCAUGUCGAGGAUGUCAACAAGGGAAAAUGGUCCAAAAACCAUUCCCACGCAACCAGGACAAGCGCAGAUUCGACAUCUUCGAGCUACUUCACGUCGACAUAUGCGGACCCAUAGAAAUGAAUUCUCUGGGUGGCAGCAAAUAUAUACUGCUGAUCUUUGACGAAGCCAGUGGAUGCAUGAAGGGCUUCUGUCUACGUGUGAAUUCGGAGAGUGAAAACUACAUCACACGAUACAUCAAGAUGGUGCAAGCGCAGUUUGGCAAGAAGGUCAAGCUCGUUCGACACGACGGAGCCCGCGAGUUCGCAACCAACUCGCUUCAAGAAUUCUACGAAGAUGAAGGCAUUGAGCAGCAGACGAUGGUGCCAUAUGCACACCAGACCAACUGCACGGUAGAGCGCGCCAUUCGGACUAUCGUCACAAUUGGUCGCAGCAUGCUCCACCAUGCUAAGUUGGAAAAGUGCUUCUGGGCCGAAGCAGCAAUGACGGCAAUCUACGUCAAGAACCGUCUGCCGUCGCCUAACGUUAUGCACAAGACUCCGUUCGAGAUCGUCCACAACUCCAAGCAAAAUGUCAAGCACAUGUGGGUGUUCGGUUGUCAGGUUUACAUACUGAAACCGAAGGAGAAGCGGCUCAAGUGGGACCCCAAGGCUCGCACUGGGAUAUUCUUGGGCUACGAAGAAGCAUCUAAAGCGUAUCGCGUUUAUGACAUCGAGGCGGGGCAGGUGGUCAUCAGUCGCAUGUCAACUUUGACGAGUCCGCCUUUGGACUUUCGCCGCCAACCACCGAUGAAGACGCCGAUGACCUUGACUUCGACUCCCUCGAUCUGGAUGAUGAAGCGCCAGGUCAAGCGCAGUAAAAGCAAACAGGCAAGCGCAAGAGUUGUCCCCAUGAUGAAGGAGUACCAACUCCACCCACGCGCACAUGCGAACGCCAUCGAAACAGCAGUGGACUUAUCCGAGCCAUCGACUUUUGAAGCUGCGGUGAGCGGUACUGAUCAAGUGCAUUGGCGCGAAGCUGUCCGUGCGGAACUUGAGUCGAUGCGACUUCGUGAAGUAUUCCGCGCAGCCAAGCUACCUGAAGGACAUCGCGCCAUUGGCACGAAGUGGGUCUUCAAGAUCAAGCGCAAAGCGGACGAAUCAAUUGACAAAUACAAGGCGCGUCUUGUGGCAAAGGGUCUCGAGCAACAGUAUGGGAUGGACUACACGGAAACAUUCUCGCCCGUCGUCAAGUACGUGACGCUACGCAUGGUGAUUGCAGUCGCCAAGUAUUUCGGAUGGACCAUCGACCAACUCGACGUGGUGACGGCAUUCCUGUAUGGUGUCAUGAAGGAACAAGUGUUCUGCGUCAUCCCUGAAGGCGUGGAAAUAAAAGGGUUCUUUGAUUGUCUGGAGUUGGUGAAGGCAAUCUACGGACUCAAGCAAGCGUCGCGCGUAUGGAACGAAACGUUUGACGAGUUUGUUGACGGUCAUUGGUUUCCUACCAGUAUUGGUAACCGUGACCGGUCCAAUCCGAACCGCCUUUUCAGCUUUGUAUUUACGACGUAG